CUCUCUUUAGCUAUAAAGGGAAGGUAAAUAGUUAAACCAUUCCUUUCUUGAACCAGCACCAAAUUACUCUCACAAAUUAAUUAAAAUCUUCUCCAGUUGUUAGGCUUUUUGGUCUCUUUUGCCGGUCCUAACUUGCAGCUCUUCCUUUUGUAAGCUGGAUCUGGGCACGCACGGUUUUCUUCUUCCACAGUUCGACUAGGUUAAUAAAAAUGGCAAGGGAGAAGAUCAAGAUCAAGAAGAUCGACAACUUGACGGCGAGGCAAGUGACCUUCUCAAAGAGAAGGCGAGGGCUGUUCAAGAAAGCUGAAGAGCUUUCGGUUCUUUGCGAUGCUGAUGUUGCUCUCAUCAUUUUCUCAGCCACCGGAAAACUAUUCGAGUUUGCUAGCUCCAGUAUGGAAGAUAUUUUGCGAAGAUAUAGUUUGCACUCUCACAAGCUCAACAAAUUGGAUCAACCUUCUCUUGAACUACAGCUGGAAAACAGUACUAACGUACGAUUGGGCAAGGAAAUUGCAGCUAAGACCCAGGAAUUAAGGCAGAUGAGAGGGGAAGAUCUUCAAGGAUUGAACAUUGACGAAUUGCAGAAACUAGAGAUGCUGUUGGAAUCUGGACUUAAACGCAUUAUCCAUACUAAGGACGAUCGUAUUACAAACGAGAUCUCUUGUCUUGAAAACAAGGGAGCUAUGUUAUUGGAAGAGAACAAGCAACUUAAACAAAAAAUGGCGGCGAUGUGUAAAGGAAAAACAACAGACAUUGUGGCUGGGGAAGAAGGCAUGUCAUCGGAAUCUGUUACAAAUAAUGUUUGCAGUUGUAGUAGCAGUUGCCCUCCAUUGGAGGAUGAUAGCUCUGAUACUUCUCUCAAACUAGGGCUUCCCUUCACUUAGUUGAAACAGAUGAGAAGAGAUGAAGUAAAGUGAAUAAUUAGUUGAACACUUGCAAAAAUAUUCCUAAAAUGCAUGAAGCAUGAAUGGAAGGUGGAAUUUUAGUUGGGAAAUAAUUGAAUCUUGGAUUAUUUAAACUCUGCGUUAUCCUUU